CUCCAAUCGGUUGUUCGAUAGGCCAUAGCAAAAUUCACACAAAAUUUCCGCCCACUUGUGCCCUCGCGAAAUCAACCUUCCUGCAACACCACAACCGCAAUCAUGUCCCACGAAAGCGUCUGGAACUCGCGCCCGCGAAACUACGGCAAGGGCUCUCGCCAAUGCCGCGUCUGCAAGCACAAGGCUGGUCUGAUCCGCAAGUACGACCUCGACCUGUGCCGUCAAUGCUUCCGUGAGAAGGCCAAGGACAUUGGUUUCCACAAGUACCGAUAAAGGAGUCGUAUCGGGGGGAGCUUCCGCGGAGGGACAAAGGGAUUUUUGACGGAUGCGAGCUGCGUUUUUCCGAUGGCCACACACAAAAAAGCACUCGGAGGGCGGCCGCCUGGAACCGGAGUUUUAAUGGAUGGCUUGGUUUUGAGGAAAGAUCGUGCGUCUGACGAACAUCCUCCGAGGAAUAGACGAAUACCAUUGCAUUCGAAAAAUAAUAUCUGCGUCCUGCUGUGUGUUCAGGUGUCGUCGGUGUGCUGGUGCAUUGUCUUUCAAUGCUAGCAGAUGAUGAGAUGAUAUCUAUGAAUUUCAUGGACCAAAA